AUGAGUUCACUUUCAGUUGCUGUUGGGUGUGCUGUUGGGAUUCCAAUAGCUGUAGCCUUUUUAAUUGCACUUGUAUUUUGGGGAAGGUUACAGAGAAGGUUUACAAACGAAUACGAACGAGAUAGAGAUCUCGAAAAUGCCAUAAAUAACGAUGAUAUUUUGAUUAACUUUGACGUGUACCAAUCCCUACAAGAUUUAUCAAGCACUUUAUCAGAUCCUACUAUACUUAAGAAGGAAACAAGAAAUACAGAAAAUGAAGUUACAGGCUCCUCUGACGAUGAAGUCAUAGAAAAUAGCAAACCAAUAGCUCUGGUCCAAAAUCCAUCUAAUGAUAAGAGGAAAUAUUUUAUUCCUGCUUACCGUCGAAACAUAAAUAGUCUGCAAGCAAGUAAUGAACACACACCUCAAGUUUCCUGUCAAUCGUCCCUAAAUGUUCCGGUUAACGAUUCUCUUUUAAAUGUGUAUGAUCAAAUGAUUCCAUUUGUAGAUAACAUUCCCUCGGGUGCAGAUGCUCAAAAACAGAAGGGUGUAUCGAAGUCCACUAAUCGUGACAAGAAUUCCCUCCUCAAGAAUAUCAAUAGCCAAGAUUUCGGUUCAUUUUAUCCCGGUCGAGAAUCUAGUUCCAAUCUAUAUAAGUGCAACUUCCCAAAAGUCCCAACAGAAACAAGCAUUUCAGAAAAGCAUAUGUUUACACGUAUAUCUAAUACUUUGCAACAGAAGGUUAAUGCCUCUCCUCUCCAUUUUUCCCUUAUUGACGAUGGGAGUUCCGAUAUAGAGAUUAAUAACGUGGAUCGUUCAUAA